ACCAUCCCAAGUAUAACCAGAGAAGAGUUAGCUGUGCUAAAUAUCUUGGUGAAUUAUAUAACUACAGAAUGGUGGAAUCUGCUGUCAUUUUCAAAACACUUUAUUCAUUCAUUACAUUUGGUGUGUCUAAUCAAGAGAAUGAGAUAUCAGUAUUAGAUCCUCCAGAUCAUCUGUUCAGGAUCAGAUCAGUAUGUGUUGUAUUAGAGACAUGUGGACAGUAUUUUGAUAAAGGGUCCAGUAAGAAAAAACUAGACUGCUUUCUUGUUUACUUUCAGAGAUAUUACUGGUACAAGAAGCAUUGUCCAAUAUGGAAUGAGAAUCGACCAUUUCCAAUUGACGUAGAAAAUCUCAUGCAAGACACACUUGAAGCUGUAAGACCAAAAUUAAAAAUGAUCACAAGUUUUGAGGAGGCUUGUAAAGCAUGUGAAGACUUAGAAAAUGAAUUUAAACCCAAAAUAGCUGCCAUAUUACCUAUAAUAGAUACAGAGGAAGGGGGUGUAAGUGAAACAGAUGAUGGAGGUUUGACUACUAUACAGGAGUCUGACGAGACUAGUGAUGCUAGUCAACAAGACAAGAGAAAAUUACUGGAGGAAGAUGAGAGUGAAAACAGCCAAAAUAGCCAGAGUCAAAAUGAUCUCACUGGAUCUCAAACCAGACAGGUGGGUAGAUACAUGAUGCCAUUUAUACCCCAAGUUGGGCGUCCAUGGUCGAGUGGUUAA